AUGUGUGGACCAGACGACUCCGGCCGUCUCCGUGGAGGUGCCCUGGCCGUGUUGCUCCCCACGCAGACAGCAGUGGACCAGUGCACCGGGCUGAAUGCCGACCUCUCCUUCUUCACACCGAGCAGUCAGCGCAGCAGCGAAGCAACCCACAUUCAACUGACAAUGGCAAACGCCGCGCCCCAACCGGGAACAGACGGUUUCUUCGUCAUGGUGCAGUAUGUAAGCCAGGAGCGUGGCUCACGUGGAGACGAGAAGACGUACUGA